UAUACAAGUAGUAAGAAUCUUUGGGAUCCUUUCCAAGUUUAUGUAGGAAGGAAAGAAUCCCUACAACACGAGGCAAAACAAACAUACCCAUUUUUCUUCUUCUCUUUUUGUCUCAGCCUGAGGGCUUAAACUGCUGCAUUUCACAUAUAAGGUAAUUUGGCUGAUCAUUCAUGUUCAUAUAAAACAAUUCAGGUGAUUUUUUCUAUUUCACUAUCUUAUCUUGUCACGUUUUACAGAAUUUUCCUUCUAUGGAGUAUUAUAUAAUGAUGUCCCUUUCAUUUACCUUUUUUCUUGAAUGAUUUUGUGUCUUUUUCAGAAUCCUAUUGCUUUUCCUUUUAUGUUUUCAAAUUCUUGACACUUAUUUCCUUUUAUUGUUCUAAGUUGACACUUUAUUCCAUCUAAAGAUUCGCCCUUUUUCUUGUAUCCCAAGAAAUAACACAGUGAAAAAGGGUUAUAAAGACUGUAUUUGGUUGCUUUUGUUUGGAAUUUAUAGGGGUUUUUUUCAUCUUGGAUUGUUUUGGAAAUUCAUGCAAUUUGAUGUGGGUUUUGAUCAAGGGACUUGGGUUCAGAAAGUAUGAACCAAAUAUUUGAUCUUGAUCUUUUGUCUGUGAUGUUGCCAAUCAGAAUUGUUCUUUUUUUUCCCCAGAAAUUGUUUAAGGGGAAAUGUUUUGCCAUUUUUGUUUCAGUUUUGGGUUACUAAAGGAUUAAUUUGUUACAAAUGCGUAAUGGGCAGUUUUUAGUUGUUGAAUUUUGGUAAAACAUCGCUAAAAGAGUGAAAGUUUUGUUAUUUGUCAUUCUUUGCCCCCAUGAUUGAUUUUAGGUAUCUAGAAAAAUUGUACUUUUGAUACUUGUAUUUCAAUACUUAUAUGCUAUAAAAAUAUGAACUAUGACAUUAUAUAUUUUAAUUGUUUAAAGAACUCAGAAUUUUCCUGCUCAUUUUUCAAGUGUUCUUGAUUUUUUACACUGUCUUUGAAUUCAUUGUUGGUAGUUUAAGCCCUUUAGACUUCAAAAAUCACAAAUUGGACCUUAAUCAAUUAGUAAUCUCAGGACUACAGAUGAUUUAUUUGUAUACUUCUUAGGGUAAUUAGUAAUUUUCACUGACCUUGAUCACAUAAAGUUGAUUGCUUUCCCUGAAGUUAAGUUGAAUUGCAAUGCUCCUUACAUCCUGCAUUUGAAGUAUUGGUUUGCAGGCUUUGCCUUUCUCGGGAUCGCUUUAGUAGUCUAUCCUAGAUGACAUAUUAUCUGAAGUCCGAACAUAGAUGCUCUCCUUCCCCCCUUCUCUAAUGUAAUUAGUUUCCCGUCCAACGCAAUCCGGUGAAUGCCUUGUAGUAUUGUGGUUUUUAUCUGAUUUCGCCCUGAAUUAUCUUGGUUUUUCGGUUUUUAGUAAUUACAAUGUAGAUCAAACUUUCAAUACACUCGUGGGAUCUAGGCGGUUUGAAGGGGACCACUAUGGUUCCUCUCUUCUUGACAAUCCAAACAUGCCUUAUCAAUGUAUUGACGUGCUUUCUUUGACUCACUUCAAGAGUGCAGGUUUUCACUGACUGUUUAGUCGCCUGGAAUCUGGCUCGCCUCAAUAUGUAUAUAAAAUGUGGUCAUUAUCUGAGCUCUCAAACUUUGCUCAAAGAUUGAGUUACUAGUUGCUAAUGGAGUACUAUUUUUGAUGCAUAGGUUGAUGUUGAAUAUUCUUUAUUUCUAUUCUGGAAGUGAGGUAUUUGCUUGUUUAUGAUAAGGACGAAUAUCAGUAAUUUGCAAAAUCUGGUUAUUUGCUCGAAACAAACUCAUUUCUGGUUUGCAAUAGAUUUUAUAUCUUAUGGAUGUUGGGGGACAGCAUGGAGGUGCAAGGAGUAAGUUUGAUGAUUUCAGGGAGGUUCCUUUGUGGAACAUAGAGUGCCGACAUGAACUUUUUACGAAUAUCUUAGCCGAGAGAGAUGCUGCAAUUGAGGGAAGGAACAGAGCAUGGCUUGAAAAGGAAAGGGCCUUGGCAGAACGAGAAAUGGCAGUUUCACAGAGGAAUUUGGCAAUCAAAGAACGAGAUGAUGCCGUAAUGGAAAGAAACAAGGCCUUCCACGCCCUUCAUGAUUCCAUGCGGCAGACUUUAAGCGCUGGACACCAACUUGAUGUCAAUAGGGUGCAGGCUGGUCAUCCGUAUGGUGCUCGUGAACUACAAAUUCUCGAUGCUUUGUGUAGAAUUUCUGUUGCUUCUGAGUGUGACGAGUUUUCUCCGUACAAAACGACAAAGGACAGCAAGGGAUGUACGUGGAAGCGAAAGAGGGAAAAACCGACUUCUGAAUCUGAUCACUUGAAGGUGAACAACUGGGAUGGUCAAAAUUUGGGCUUAAACAGAGUUGAUUACGACGCCUCCAUUAUGCCACCUCCUGUGUGCUCGUGUACUGGGAUUCCUCGGCAGUGUUACAAGUGGGGGAGCGGUGGCUGGCAGUCAUCUUGUUGCACAAAAACCUUGUCUGUUUAUCCUCUUCCAGUUGUCCCGAAUAAGCGGUAUGCUCGUGUGGGUGGUCGGAAAAUGACAGGAAGUGCUUUCUCAAAGUUGCUGAGUCGGCUAGCAUCGGAAGGGUUUGAUUACUCAAUGCCUGUGGAUUUGAAGGACCACUGGUCCAAACAUGGUACUAAUCGCUACAUAACAAUCAAGUAGAGUCGAAAGAUUUUGCCGAUGAUAUUGGCACUAGGUAGUAAUUCUAAGUAACUUACUUUACAAUCAGUGUCUAGGAACCAACUCUGACUAUAGGCUUAUAAAAGCUUUUGGUUGUAGCCCUAGAAUAUGUUAUAUACUCUAUCGAUUAGGAUUAAUCUUGUCUUCAAGUGCCCGAUUUUCUGUGAAUUUGCUACUUGGAUUACAGGGGAGGUAAUUAAGGAGUUUUAGGUAAUGUAAGUGUACAUAUCAGUGCAGUGGUCUUUUAUGCUGUAAUUGGAUGAUAGAUAUAACUGACUACUUUUGGCCUAUGUUUUGGGAAUUUUGCAGGCAAAUGGAAAACUAAUGGGCUUAUAGUUCAAAUGUGCUUUCUCAUCUUGGAGGCUUUCCUUGGUUCAAUAGCUUUAUCUUUUAUUGUGCAUAGCAAGCUUAAGAACCCCUCUUUCUUGUUCACAGUGAAGUUACAGAUGAUAAAGCAAAGUAAAAUAAGUAUAUAACGAAGGAGUGUUAUAAAACUUGUAAUACUAUAUCAUUAGAGAUACCGUCUUGUUAUUAUAAAGAUGCAAAAUGUAAGUUAAAUGAAUGAAUGAAAUUAAAGAAAAAGAUGAAAAUAUAAGUUAAAUGAAUGAAUGAAAUUA